AAGGAUUUGGACUGACGAACCCCGCCGCGAGGGUAUCUCAAGUUUGGGUUCAAGCUCUCACCUCCUUUGAUAAUCGCCAAUGUUACUCAAAGGCGCAUGACUGUGAGCAUGAGGCAUUUGGAUUGAUCGACCUGCUACCAUUUCCGAAAUUGACACGUCACUGGAUGCCUGGAGUCCUGGUAAGUCGAAUAUAUAAUAACAAGCCCUGCCACUUUUGGUUCGAUUUUGGUCAACAACAAUCAACAAGACUCGCCAGCUGUGAAAAUGAUCAAACUUACAAUUCUCCUCUGCUCCGUUUCAGCUUUAGCGAUCGCUUACCCCAAUGCUGGGACGGCAUUUGGUAGUACGAAUGAUACUGCUUUCGUCAAUGCCAACAUAAAUCCCAACACUACCAAAGUUGUCCCUUUCCGUAUAGGCGACCAAAAUUUCACUUUCAGCGUCAAUGUCGCAGAAUUUACACCAGAAGUCAGCACGGUGAUAGUGGAUCCACGGGUUGCAGCUUCUUUCUACGCAAUCGAAUGGUCAGGUGGCUCAGGUCUAGGUGAUAUUGUCGGCGAGGCAGAAUCGGUAGCCAGCAACCAGUCACCUCGACUUUGUGUGUCGCUUCCUCUCGGAUUGCUGUCAGCAUCGGUCAACAACGACUACAAAGAAGAGAAUAACGGAGACUGUUCCGGCGCACUUGGCAAAGAUUGUGUCAACGAUCUCAUGAGUAUGAGCUAUGAGCUGAAUAGCGCAUGCACGGGAUCUUUACCGCAGAGCUGUAUGUCCAAGCUGGAUACUGGCGGUAUCGGAAGUGCUCCCAUUCUCAGUCAAGUAUCCUCUCAGAAUUCAUCUAGCCAGAUGUCUCCGCUCGACUUCUCUUAUUGGUCAUCACCCAUAUACGCUGCAGGAAACGAUACCUACUAUCAACGCGAGGUCGAACGUCUGCACGUCGUCAUUUUCGCCGGCACUCAGAAUGUGCCUGUAUGCCUUCGUGUCAAAACCGAUCAUGUCAGCGACAAGAGUCCCGCAACGUCUGGAGCGGCUAGGAACUCGCGGAUAGGUUUGACGUCCGCAGUAAUGGUAGCUCUCGGCUGCUUUUUCAUGCUGGCUUGAGUCCCAAGUUAUGUCUCGCAUAUACAAUAUCGAUUGAUGAGGGAGUGGAUGCAGGGUCUGGAAGUCGUUUGACUAAGCUGUAUCAAGACGCAACCAUUUCCCAAAGGAUGACGAUAACGUCUGUUGAUUUUGAUUCCGUAGCCGCGAUAUACACUAUCAUUUUCACACCCUUGCAAGCUGCACAAAGAGUUCUCAAUUACUGGUUUUCAACAAACUGCAUUUGACUGCUUGGGAGAAUCGGCUCAAUGCGUGUAUUAACACGAAGAAAAUUCAGUGAGAAAGUUCUCAGUAUACUGUACGUAGAAGCAUGACACACCAUGUGUACUUAUCUGUCUUAUCAACACU